AUGGCUCACCAAAUGCAGCGCCAGCGUCAAGAACAGGCACAGCAAGAUACUCCAACAGAGACUCAGAGUGUCAAUCUUGUACGAAACUUGCUCAACACUACUAUUGGUGCAAUCACUUACUUGAGGGUCGUAUUCGCAGAAGAUCAUUAUAAAGACACGAAUGUGAACGGAAUGUCGCUAAAGUCGCUUGAACGAGGUCAUUCCAAAGAGGCUGAUGAUUUGAUUGAUUGGCUGAAUGGUGGUGUCUUUGACGCUCUGGACAAAAAGUAUCUUCGGACUCUAAUCUUUGGUAUCUAUGCCAAUCCGGAUGAACCUGAGCAUUUACUGGAAACCUACACAUUCAACUUCUCAUAUCCAUCGGAAGGCCAAACUCAUGUCUCGUUCGUCACUGAUGGAAAGCAACCCUUCCACUUCAAGACCAAGAAAGAAAUCAUGAAGGCUACAAGUGAAAUGUUGAGACGAUUGCUGACUUUGACUCAAAGUUUGGGUGCUCUUCCUGACAAUGCAAACAUUACCAUGAAGAUAUAUUACUAUGAUGAAGUGACUCCAGAAGACUAUGAACCACCAUUCUUCAUAGCUUGUGAUCACAAUAAGCCAUACUACUUUACGCACAAGCCCGAGAAGCUUGGAGUUGGCACUGUGGAGACUGCCUAUCAUGCUUUGAGCUUGCGCCUUCAAUACUUUCAUGAUGAUCCUGAAGGUGAUCAACCCAUGAUUCCAGCAGCAGAAGCAGGUCAAUUCAUUAUGGAAGAGGACGAACAGCCAAUAGAUACUGCCAAGUCAGAUCAAAAGAAGAAGAAGACGGAUGCUGAUGACAAAGUCGCUCCUGCUAAGAGCGCUGCUCCGACCUCUCAACGCAGUCCUGAUGCAGUCUCGAAGCCAGUAGCAGGAGCUCCGGUGUCUACUACGCAACAGGUACAAAAACAACCACCACCUGUUAUCCAAACCACAGAAAGCGUUGCUUCUUCUGUUGAACAGCUUCCUUUGCCACAAUUUACUCCUGUUUCCAAGCUCGGUUCAGUCGGCACUCAAGAACUCAUCUCCGCGUUGAAGGCAGGAACUGCGACUCGAGACGUUGCUCCUACUGGUGGUGGUGAAGCCGCAGCUGCCAUGUCAGAAGAUGAAACCGCAAAUGAUGACAUGGAAUCUGAAUCUCAUUCCAGUCAUAACGAAUCUAUACGCACUGCGUCUUCGCAUGAUGCCAAGACAACGAAAACUCGAUCACGAGCUGAACUCGUGACUGUUGAUAAUAUGGCUACAACCAGUCAAGAUUGUUUUACUCGUGGACAUCUUGCUGGAAUUUCGAAGACAGCUUCUACAAAUGGUGUCAACAGUGGCGAUAUGAAUGAAAAUACAGCAGUCCAACAACCUGCCAAAGGGGCCAAGAAACCUGUUGAUGCUGCUCUUCUCAAAAAGAAAGUCGUUACCAAGAAAAUACAUUCAUGUGCUCAUGCAAAGGAUAUUGAUGCAGCACAAGUAUCUUGUGCAUGUUGUGAUAAUCACGCUGAAGGCAUUAUGAUUGAGUGCUGUCAGUGUGGUACAUGGUCUCAUGCAAUCUGCUUUGGUUUCUUGACUCAGGAGGAUGCUCUAGCUAGUACUGACGAAAUUCGAUGUUAUCAUUGUCUACAUGGUCAAGACAGUCGUGCCUUGACACAUUGCUUUGAAUUGACCAUUUUCCGUCGAGCCCUGAUUGCUGUAUGGAAGGAAGGAUGUGAGAGUCCUACGUGGUUGUCUACUCGUCUGGGAGGCCUCGACGAAGGAAUUGCCACCCAAAUUAUUGACUUGCUUAAAAAGGAUGGUAUAUUACGUCCAAUUUCUCGUCGUGGUCGUCCUCCCAAAAAAGCUCCUAAAGCCACCACUGAAAAUCUUGAAUACGUCAACACCAAGGCAACGAUCGCCAAACGUGAAUACUGGAUGUCCGGUGAAGCUUGGAAGCAUGAAUUCAACUUCGAAGGCAUCCCAGAUAUUCAUGUCAAGCCUCGUGCUGCCAUUGCUGGUGGUGGUGGUAGUGCUGGUGCUACUACUGCAGCAGGAAAGGAAAAUAUUAUGAUGGCGAAUUCUACUCUCUUACCCAUUCCGCCCACUCCUGAUGACAUGGAUGUUGACAGUCCUGAAGAUAUGGCUGGAAUUACUGCUGGUAGUGGAGAAGGAUUGCAGAAACGCACACGAUCAGAGGCUCAAGCUGACGGUGAAUCUGAUGGUGGAUCUGGACGUGUUCGCACUUCAGGCUACGAUUUCAACAACACCAAGCGCCGUAAAGUUAGUGUGGCUGCUAAACAAAAUAGAAGGAAGGCUUGA